AUGUAUAAUGAAGUUCCGAGAAUAUCUACACAAUAUAGCAAAUUUGAUCUUCAAGUAAUUGAUACCGAAUGGAGAAAGCUGAAAAUAAUUGAUUUGUGUGAUACCAUAAAAACAAUUAAAUACGUUGAUGAGUUUUGGACAUCCUUAUAUAACUGGGAAUGUGAUGGUGAGUUCAAAUUUAAAAAUGUAGCCAGUUUUGUUUUAAAGAUUUUGAGUUUACCUCAUUCGUCUGUUGAUUGUGAACGAGUUUUUUCUAAAGUCAAUUUAGUAAAAACAAAAGUGAGAAAUAGGUUACAAGUCGAGUCAUUAAAUGGAUUACUACUGUCUAGUGAACAUAUUAAAGGUACAACUUGUAUACAUUUUAACCCUACCAAAUUAAUGAUAGAUUCUAUGAAUGUAACAAUGUAUCAUUAUGAACCAACUGAAACUGAAAUUUCAAAUGAUGUUGUAGAAUUUGGAAAUUUUACAUCAUAA